GUUUAGAGACGAUAUUUUUUUUCCCCUUCUUGUUUUUUCCCAAAUUCAGAGAAGAAUUUGAGAGAAAUGGAAGGAAAUCUACGACCUUUGGAUAAGGAAAUGGACGGUUGUGAUGGAAGCGAUGAGGUGGACCGGCUUCACGGGAGUUCAGAGACUUCAGGGAUCACCCUAGACGACGGGAAUUCGACGGAUUGUCUAUGGACGGAGAAGAAUGCAAGAUCGGGCCUUCAGAAGGGGGAUUCUGUGUCAACAGAAUGGACAGAUGAGAAACACAGUUUGUAUCUAGAUUCCAUUGAAGCAUUAUUUGUUAAACAGCUACAUAACCGCGAGUAUCAGUCAGUGGAUUUGUAUGGUCGGCUGCCAAGAACACAAAAACUGCUGAAUCAGAACAAUCUGCAAUCCAAUACCAACAGCCAUGUCUCUUUUGGGCAGUUUAAGGUUCUGCGAAGUGGCUGCUGGGAGAAGCUCAAUUUUGGAAGGUCUCGGACUCAAUCAAACAGUGGAAAUGAGUCUCAUAGUCUUCUUGGAAAUCCAUGGAUCCAGCAUUUCAGGCCAGCUUCCACGGGGAAGAGGCUAGAAGAAACAUCGGCCCUUCAGAAAAAUGAAAAUCUUGUUGGCGAAUCAAUCUGUUUAGGUGGGCAGAAGUAUGGAAUGACAACCUGUGUACUUGCAACAAGUUCAAAGCGUUCCUCUGGCAUUUAUCAUCAAGAUUCUGUUGGCAGCAAUACAGAGAUGUCAGAUCAGAACUUUGUGGAUGAAGGCUGUGGAGAAGGCGAACAAUUAAGCAGUUCAUGCAUGAAGAAAAGGGCGAGGACUGCGGUUGCUGAUGUCUCGGGCAAAGAUCAGGGCAAAGAUCAAGUUGUCCCAACUGGGAAAUCUCCUGUAACAGCAUGCACUAGUGAGAAAUAUGCUUCCCGGCAUAAAAGAGAUGAAGACUGUCAAGACGGGCAGUCUGAGAACAAAACUGGCUCUUCAUGCGUGAAGUCUAGGCCCCCAUUCUUUGAGGACCCGGCUAUGCAGAAUGCUGACCCAUCGUAACAAAGCCUAAAUGAACAAGGUAGAGAGGGAAAAGUAAAAACGCUCUUUAAGUGGAGAAAAUUUCAAUUGCUUGGUGAUCCCAGCGCAAAUGCUAUUGAGGAGGCCAAAGAAGCUGAUGACUGCUUCAUUUCAAUCAUCGAAUUACGUUAUGGUGGUAUAUACACAGAUAUAUACAUAUGUAGCCAGAUUGGUAUAGUUACUACUAACAGGCUAGUUAUCUACAUCUCUGCAUAGAAGAAUGUCUUUUUCCCUCAGUUAAUAUCUUGGUUUUUCAGUUUCUUUUUCUUUAUUUAUUUGUAAGUUGAGAACUGCAUGGUAUGUGGAAUGAUGUAAUGAAUGAAAAUUUCUGCAGAAUGAUGUUCCAGCCCUUUUUUGGUCAAACACUAGGGAUUGGGAACAUGGGGUGAGCGACUCUUAUGUAACUCAUGGGGGGCUGUCUUCUUUUUAUUUAUUUAUUUAUUUAUUGAAAGAGCAUGUUUCUACCUUGAA